GGAGACUACUCCCCUAAGCAUAAACGCAUGAUAGCCAUGCCAGGAGAUAUGUCUGCGAGUAGUGAUCACCUGAGUUUAGGAAAAACGUUGCACGAUGAAGAUACUGGUGCGAAUGUUCCAAGUCCUAAAAAACUGAGCAGCAACGACCCAAGCGCAGGCGCCAAUCCUAGUAUCGAUGAAGAAAAGCAUCUUCAGGGUGGAGCUGAUGAAUCUUCUAGGUCUAGUAAACAAAAAGUUUGUUCGAAGAGUUUCUCCUCAACAAGUUCAUCUAGUAUGAGCUACUUAUCUGCUGUUCCUCAAAGAGCUGCUCCUACAAGUACAACGCGGCCACCAGAGCCUACAACCUUAGCUGAGUAUCUUGAGUAUAUGACGUGGACUUCGACUCGAAGCUCGUCGUCUACCUCAGCAGCCGACCUGUUUUGUUAUCGC